AUGGACGGUAAGGUAACAAUCCUCCUACUGCUGUUGACGAUCAAGACAUCAUACCCAAAAAAGCUCACCUCGGCCAGCGGGCACUUUGGCCAUGCCCUCAAUGGCCAUUCUACUCCCGACAUUUUCAAUCCGGUCAUUGACCUCUCUGCCCUUCCUACUUCAGGCUCCUCCCACAAAUACCCACACGGGUCUCCAUAUAUAUCCCCAAUAACAUCUCUUCUGCAUAACCCUUCCGCCGAUUCUGGAAAGAUACCAUUUCUCCACUAUGAUGGGUCUAGGAGUUAUGGUGCUGGAGUCCCCAUCAGCGCAACAACUCCUAAAGAUACUUCGGCAGCACAGGAGCCUACGUAUUUCAUUCCUGAAAAUCGUGGCGAACCUAAUCACCUCGGGCCUAAGUCUGAAGUGUCGCACGUAAGCCAUACCGAAUACAAAGCCCCUGACCUUGUAAACACACUUUCCAGUGAUUCCUUGACUCAGAGUUCAAAGACUGUGUCCUCAGACGGUACUGGAUACCAAUACUUAACACCUGCAAAUCCCCUUGAGUUUGCUUCACCGGUUAAUUCCUCCCAAUCAGUAGUUGCUGAUAAUGGUGAUCAUGAAAGUUCAUUACCCUCAAUUCCACUUGUCUAUGCCCCUCCAGUCGGCUCUUCUCAGACACCAUCUGACAGUACUGGGUAUGAGUAUGCACAGCCUGAAAACCCUCUCACCUACCCCCCUCUAGUCAAUAUCACCAGUUCAACGCCUGCCAGUGUUGGUUAUGAAUACUUAACUCCAGCAAAUAGUCUUACAUACGAACCACCAGUGACUAUUGCAACGACAGUAUCUUCUGAUAUUGUUGGUUACAAAUAUCCAACCCCUGUAAAUACUUUCACCCACACCCCUCCCACUGAACCUUCUAAGGCGAGAACUUCUGACAUUGCUGGGUAUGAAUCUCAUACUCCUGCAAACCUUAUCACUGGUUAUCUCCCAACUGCAGGGAUUUCAACUACGGUGGCAUCUGACAGCACUGGGUAUGAAUACCCAGCCCCUUUAAAGCCCCUCGUCUAUGGUCAGCCGACCAAAUCUCUAGAGCCAAAAUCUUCUGACCAGACUGAACACAAAUUGACGGUUCAUUUAGAUCCACCUUCUUACAUUCCUCCCAAAACAGGUAAAAAUGCAUCUCCAGUUCAGAAGCAUCAAAUCCCUGGGAGAGUAGUACCAAGUUCAGUCCUUGCUCGUGAACCUGCUGUUCCUCACAGAGAUAUCGAGAAUGGAUACAGAGUUCCUACGAAUCUCCUCACUGAUAAACCCCCAAUUCAUGAAUUUAACUCUCCACUCACAAGUAAUGCCGCGUACGAAUAUGAAGUACCUGCAAAUCCACUCAGCUAUGUGGCUAAGAGUGGAUCCUCUAAAGAUUCAGUAGGUGACCACACAGAACUGGACAUUUCUGAGCAUCCUAAUACCAGCACCAAAGGUGCUUAUACUUCCAAAGGUUCAACUCAUUCCUCGAAAACCUCAGCAUCUGAUCAGGCUGGCUAUGAAUACCCAGUCCCAGCCAAUCCUCUCGUUUAUGACCAUUCUACUACUCCCAAGGCUGAGGUCUUAGGCCCUACUAGCUACACAAACACCGCUCCUUCAAAUACACGUACUUACCUUCCACCUGACUCGAUCCUCAAACCCCCAAAUACACUUUACGAAGCUCCUGCUCCAACUCUGACCUCCCAGCUUCCUCAAGUCUUAGCAAAGGACAAUGACCCAUCCCCUGAUGGAAUAGUACACCCAAGUCCAAUUUAUGUGACACCCAAAUCGCUGUAUGAACCUCCCCUGACUACCCACCCAGCUGAAGUUGACCCGCCCCGAGCUCUUUAUAUAACUCCAAGCCCUGAUACACUCAGUAGACCUACCGCUAAUAAGUUGCGGUUUAACAAAUUUGAAAGCCUCCCUACAUACUUGGAGCUGCCAAGCAGCAUUCCUUCUCUCAAGACUGCUGGUUCAGUCCCACUAUAUCAGCCUCCACCUUUGCCCCAGUCUUACGGGCAUCCAUCUGCAGGAAAGUCCAACGAGUCUACAUUAUCUGAACAAGAGGUCAAACCACACUACUCAGCUGAGCACGACGACUACAAGCCUCUGGAUUUCAGCCACGACUUCAACUUCGACGGAGAGAUGGCAUCCGGGACCUACCAAAUCAUCCUAUCGAACGGCCACACCCAAAUAGUUACCUAUACUAUCGACCCCCACAAAGGAUACCAGGUUGAGACUGAUGAUGUGUUGGUGACAACAUGA